AUGCUGUGGGUGGCUGUCUCCCUCAAGAACAGAGUCUUCACGUUCAUGAUAGUGGCUAUUAGAUCCAUCACCAAGUGCGUCUUGGAAGGGAGGCAAAGUACCUCAUUCUGCAUAAUGCCAGGGCUCACACUACUGCGAGUUACGCAUCUUCAGUCCUCGGGGUUGAUGCCGACACACCCCCCGGGGCCCAGCAAUGGCACACCUUGGAACCUCAAUCCCGAGGUCUUCUCGUGA